CACAAUCUCACGAGAAAAUAUGAGAUUUACCGAUUAUUGUUUACAUUGCAAAAAAUUAGAACCGAACCGAUUCUAAUUUCACUAAUCUGAUUGGGAAAAGUAUUAUUUCAUCUACAUCACCUAAUCUUUGUAAAAGGAGAUGUUCGGGUGGAACUUAAAUUUGGAAUUUAAAGAGCCGAUUUUUCAUUCCAAGACUUGAUCCCGGUUCGGUGCUAACCCAGAGCUGCGAAGAAAAACAAGAGAAACAAAAUAUCUCAAAACAAGACAACGAUUAACUAACUUCGAAGCGAAUCGCGUCAUUUUGGAUGGAAAAUCGUUAGGUGUGGAUCUGCAGCGAGGUAUCACAUGCCUAAGAUCUGGUAGAAAAUAGAAAUCGCAGAAGGCCAGUGGAGAAAGGCGGGUUCGGAGAUCAAGGCCUCGGAGGUCUCGCAGUCCUCGGACUACGGUAGGACGCGGAGCUGGCGUCCCCUAGCGACACAGUAGACACCGAGCGCCGGCUAGGGUCGGGGAUUCGGCUAAGGCCUAGCGCUGAGAUGUCGGGCUGAGACGGGAAGGGCGAGACGGGAGAACGGUCGAAGAAAAGAGAUCAAAUAAAACGGCAAGAGGGUGAAAAGACCCCGAUAAUACAGCCAUGAUGGAGGAAUUGCACAGCUUGGAUCCUCGCAGGCAGGAACUGCUGGAGGCCCGUUUCACAGGAGUCGGAGUUGCCAAGGGUUCUGGACACAACGAGUCGUCUAACCAGAGCUUAUGUAGCGUGGGCUCUCUCAGUGACAAAGAGCUGGAGACCCCAGAGAAGAAAUCUAAUGACCAGAGAACACGUAAAAGGAAAGGAGACCCUUUUGACAACCAGGGCAAAGGAGGAGGGAGAGGACACAAAAUUAGUGAUUAUUUUGAGUUUGCAGGGGGUAGUGGUACCAGUCCAGCGCGGGGCAUUCCUCCAGUGGCACGGUCCUCUCCACAGCACUCUCUCUCAAACCCUCCUGCUGCCACCUUGGUUUAUCUUCUAAACAAAAAAAAAGUAGGAAACGUGUUAUGUAAAAUAAAAAUGACUUUGUCUUUGUAUAGACAACAAGAGAGAGUCAAUGGGCAGAGAGAGGACAUAGAAAGGCAGAGGAAACUGCUGAUGAAGAAAAAACCACCCAAUGCCAGUCAGACUCCUCCUCCCAACCUAGAACCCAACAAACGCAAGAGCAAGAGCAAUGGCGCCGAGAACGAGAUGUUAUCUUUAGCAGAAUACCAUGAGCAAGAAGAAAUUUUCAAACUGAGACUCGGACACCUGAAGAAGGAGGAAGCAGAGAUUCAAGUAGAGCUGGAACGGUUGGAGCGUGUGCGUAAUCUUCACAUCCGAGAGCUCAAAAGAAUCCACAAUGAAGAUAACUCCCAGUUUAAAGAUCAUCCCACGCUAAAUGACCGUUACCUGCUCUUGCAUCUGCUGGGUAGAGGAGGCUUCAGUGAGGUCUACAAGGCCUUUGAUUUGACGGAGCAGAGGUACGUGGCUGUGAAGAUUCACCAGCUUAAUAAGAACUGGAGAGAUGAGAAGAAAGAGAACUACCACAAGCAUGCCUGUCGAGAAUAUAGGAUCCAUAAGGAGUUGGACCAUCCUAGAAUAGUCAAACUGUAUGACUACUUCUCCCUGGAUACCGACUCAUUCUGCACUGUUCUGGAGUACUGUGAGGGGAACGAUCUGGAUUUCUACCUGAAGCAGCACAAGCUAAUGUCAGAGAAAGAGGCCCGAUCCAUCAUAAUGCAGGUCGUCAAUGCCCUCAAGUACUUAAAUGAGAUCCGCCCACCAAUCAUCCAUUACGACCUCAAACCAGGUAACAUCCUGCUGGUGAAUGGCACAGCAUGUGGAGAAAUAAAAAUCACAGACUUCGGGCUGUCCAAGAUCAUGGACGACGACAACUACGGGGUAGACGGCAUGGAGCUGACAUCACAGGGGGCGGGGACGUACUGGUAUCUUCCCCCAGAAUGCUUUGUGGUUGGAAAAGAGCCACCUAAGAUCUCCAACAAAGUGGACGUUUGGUCUGUUGGAGUCAUCUUUUACCAGUGCCUCUAUGGGAAGAAGCCGUUCGGUCAUAAUCAAUCCCAGCAGGACAUCCUCCAGGAGAACACUAUUCUCAAAGCCACAGAGGUGCAGUUUCCUCCUAAACCAGGAGUCUCGCCUGAGGCUAAGGCCUUCAUUCGCAGAUGUUUGGUGUACCGUAAGGAGGAUCGCAUCGAUGUUCACCAGCUGGCCAGUGAUCCCUACCUCCUCCCGCACAUACGCAAGUCAGUGGCUGCCACCGGUAACUCCAGCACGGCCGUCGCCUCCACCUCCAGCUCCUCCAACAGCAGCGCCUCAAAUUGAGAGCUCCGUCCAUCCUUGAUAGUUUUGACCGGAGCAGGCGGUGUGGGGCGUUUGCAUUUUGCCCCGCCCCUCUCUGCAGUGCACUGGAAGGGGUCUCAAACCCCUUACCUGCCAAGCAAGGGAGCAGGAGGAAAAGGGUAAGAGCGGGAUGGAGACAAAACACAUUCCCUUCCACCCUUCUUCCUCUCCCAGGCACCUGGAGGCUUGAUAUGUUUUAUUUUAUUUUUUGGAUGGGAGGGGACUAAAAAGCGCCCCAUGAGUGAGCCAGAGCGAGAGGGAGUAUUACCUGUGAGAAGGACUGAACUGCAACGGCUCAGACUGGUGGAAGAGACUGGUAUAUGCCCUGCACCCCACAACACACAAACACAUGCACACACACAUAUAAACACACAUUUAUAACGAGGUCAGCUUGAUUUUUCUUACAUGGUAACACCGUUGAUGGGACAAGCCCACUCAUACUAAUGUGCAUUCAAGUGUACAAUAUUCCUAAAGAAUCUGGAGAUGCUCCAUGCUGACACAAAGCCCGUCCCGGCCCAUCUUCCUCUCUCUCUUUCCCCUAUCCUUUUUUUUUUUGCCUCUGGAACGGAUCUAUGAACUUUUGGAAGCAAUACUGUCAGUGGGUUCAUUUCGACAAUAGUUAACCCUAGUUUAAACACCCUUCUGAACUGCCGUCAGAUCACAUAAUAAUUGCUGAGGCCAAAUCAGCAUCAGGACCUCUAGGUUAGCUGAUCUUCUAUGCUGGGAAUCAGAUGUUUGUACUGUGCGAGAGAUGUAAUGGACAGGUUUAGCCCAGAUGUUUGUCUCUGGAGGUGUUUGUCUUUAUGUCCUGCUCACUUUCAACCCAUUCUGUGACCAAAGCUGAGCUCUACCAGUAGGUGGUGCUGUUUGACUUGAGUGUUUUUAUUUUAUUUUAUUAUUAUUAAAU